AUGCUGAUACAAAGGAUACGCCUGCCUGUCCGCUCAGGAUGGUCAAACUGCCGACCGCUUCUCAAUCACCGAUUUCUCAAAUUCCCUCAUCAUGCCAUUCUAACGCGCGCAAACGCGUGCAGAUCUAUAUACGUCCCUCCCAACUACUCACGUAUACAAAUUAGCUCAAAGGAAGACACAAAGCGUCUCUACUGUCUCUUGCAAUCUUACAUCGAAGACCCAUCCCGCGCAAAAGCCGUCACGGAGGUUGUCAUCGACGCAACGCCCUGGACCUAUGCUUCUACGUCCAAGAUACCGGAGUAUGAUGAACUACCGGCCUCAAUGGGAUAUGAAGAACUUGGAGAUCCACCGGAAAUAAGACUACGAAGAUAUGCCCAUAGCCUACAACUGGGUGAUGAAACAUCUGCUAAGGUCGACAAGAUCCUUAGUUGGAAGUGUCGCGAGUAUGAGUUCAAACUUCAGAAGGAGAGCGAGUUUGCAAUCGCCAUGAUAAUCCUUCUCUUUUCACUCUGCGAGAAUAUCUCCACCCUAUAUCUUACUGAGAACCUCCAACAACCUGUUGUGGACUACAUGCUCAAAGCAAACUAUGCACAGAUGAAGAAUCCUCCACUGCUGAAGUUGAAGGCCGUCCGUUUUUUUGCUGGUGCUCAAAGCGACGAGAGGUUCUACACCGCGUGCGAUAUUCUCCGGUCUAUCCAGUUGAUACAUCGCCUCCCAGCUCUUGAAUCAGUGGCCAUGGAUGGGAUGUCGGAUAAUCAGACAGACCGCCAGUUCUUCGUCCCGGGGACAGGGAAUAUGAAGAGACUGGAAAUCACCCGUUGUGAUAUUUCUCCUAGCUUCCUGACUGUCAUGAUCUCAAUUCCCAAGGAGCUUGAAGAAUUUAAGGUGUCGAUUGGUGGUCUGUGGACCCUUGACGGUGCAGAUACAUCUAGUGAACCGUUUUACAUUGCAAGGGCACUUUCUGCGCAUAGAAACUCGUUGAGAGUGUUGGAUCUUGACAUUGAUGUAGGAGCUGGGGUAAAUGCGGUGGACAGGGAUGUUGGCAGGAACUAUGAGGAGGAAGAUGACGGGACGGAUUGGGAGAUAAAGGACCAGCUUGAUCUGUAUGGACGAGAUCGACUGGCCUUGGAUAAAAAGAUCAGUACUGGAAACAAGAUGGACAGUGGCAAAGAGUACACACCGACCAUCGGGUCACUACGCGAUUGUCCUCGCCUCACGCAUCUGAGCAUCGGCAUCGCGCCACUCCUAGGGGAAUACCUCGGUGGAUACGAUCAGUAUGGAUUCAAGGAACCGCCAUAUCGACUUGAGAAACCUGCCCCGUUCCGACUGGUAGACAUGUUACCGCCUUCUCUAGAGUAUCUCUGCCUCUAUGGUUAUACGCGGGGUGAAAAUCCAGAUGUUGACGAGCAUAUUGAUGAGUUCUUGGCGAAGAGGGAUGACAAGUUGCCGAAUUUGAAGGUUGUUAGGGGUAUCGAUGAGCGGGUGCGGGAUAUCAAGGAUGUUCUUCAUGAUAUGGCCUUGGCGGACGUUGAUGAAGAUGAGCUUUAUGUGCGAGGGGAGGGAUUUGAGUCUGGAUGGAAGAAAGUGGAGGAGCUGAAACAGAACGAAAAGGUAGAUGAUUAG